AGUAAAUCUCCUCACGUGUGUCGGUUUCAGUAAAAUGAGUAUGUUCGGAAGAGUCGACUCAGUGAAGUGACUCGUGAUGGAGCUGUUUGACUCCUCCCCAUGCCAAGUGAAGCAGACGGAGCGGACCGCAGCAGUCCUCCUUGUGUCCGUAGAGCAGCUUAGUGAUUCUCAGAGACGAUGGCAAACCGAGGGCCAAGUUAUGGAAUGAGCCGUGAGGUGCAGGAGAAGAUCGACCAGAAAUAUGACCCCAAACUGGAGACUCGACUCGUGGACUGGAUUGUGGCUCAGUGUGGAGGCGACCUGCAGCGCCCAGAACCUGGCAAAGAGAACUUCCAAACCUGGCUCAAGGAUGGCACGAUUCUCUGCAGACUCAUUAACAGUCUCUACCCAAGUGACACGCAGCCCAUAAAGAAGAUUCCUGAAACCAAGAUGGUUUUUAAGCAAAUGGAGAAAAUCUCUCAGUUCCUGCAGGCCGCAGAGGUUUACGGUGUAACCAGAGGAGACAUUUUCCAGACUGUUGACUUGUGGGAAGGGAAGGACAUGGCUGCAGUCCAGAGGACACUCAUGGCUCUGGGAAGUGAAGCUCUUACCAGGGAUGAUGGUCAUUACCAUGGCAACAGGGACUGGUUCCACAGGAAAGCUAAAGGCCACAGGAGGGAGUUCUCAGAGGAGCAGCUCCGUCAGGGUCGCACUCUGAUCAGUAUGCAGAUGGGCAGUAACCGCGGUGCGUCUCAGUCAGGUAUGACAGGAUACGGCACCCCGCGACAGAUAAUGCGCUACGAUUCACCGCGUCGCAACGGAGAAGAAAGUUCCCCCUAAAACUCCCCUUGCAGCGGUUUAACCCAGAACCCCAAAUCAGAUCCAGAGCUCUUCCUUUUAUUUGUGUUACAUUCUUCUUCUCAGUUUUCUCUCCGUAAAACCCCAAGGUUUUGUUCAAACAGACUUUUGUUUAUUUUCCCACUUAGAACAAUUCACACCGUGUCAUCUGAAGCUAUAAAUCAGAAAUAUCCCAAAGUUUAAAAUGAUAUCAUGAAAUACAAAAGAACCACAAGGUGAAAAAACACCAUGAGCUUCACUUCAAUAGUGACAGGAAGUAAACCUCAGUGGCUGUCUAGUUAUCACACGUUUAACAUGAGUAACUCACGGAUUGGCUAAAUCGGUUCACACGCUAAACAUGUAGUGACCUGCUCAUGUUGCACAUUGUUUAUUUUUUCCCUCUUUAGAGAACAAUAAGGAUUUUGGUAGCAAUAUAUAAUAAAAGAAAUAAAAAUAUAUAAAAAAAUUAAACGACAGAAAAGGUCUAGCAGAGCGUCUGGCCCCAGCAUGGCCUUCUAGCUAAAAAAUCAAAACCUCUUUCUUUUUUUUUUUAAACUACAGCUCAGGGGAAUGAGAAGCUGCAUGUACUGUAGUGUUCAUGGACUAAAUCCUACACUGUAACAGAACAGAUCUGAAAUUAGCUGCAGAUGAAAAGCUCAAGUCUGGAUUAGAUAAUAGAGAAACACCAAACAGCUUCAUGCUAACACGAAAUGUACGUACCAGCUGUAUCCCCAUCUGAAGACGAAAGAACAGAAGGUGUCCAUCUUGGUUACGAGAACAAACCUGUAAACAUUCUAUUAAGUGUGAAAAGUGUGACAAAAUCCUUCAGUGUUAGCAGCUUAGAGAAAACCUAGAACUACAUGAGGAGUAGCUAAAAUUAGCAAACAUGCAAGCUAAAGUUACAUGCUAGCUACAACAUGCUAGCUAAAGUUAUCACAGGCUUUGUGCUAAUUCGUUACUCUACCAGUAACAGUUUAUUGCCAACAAGCUACACUUAUAAUUAGUAGCUACUUUUAGCCGUCUAAAGGAACCGCAGGACGUUGCUAGCUAAAAAUAUGUCCUGCUAGCUAAAUUAACCACAAGUAGUUACUACUAGCUGUCUAAUAUCAUCACAAAUUUAAAGCUUGUUGGAUGAAACUAUUUGCAAGAGGCUACAGAAGAUUUCUGAAGUUUUGGAAGUGACUGAGUAUAAAAUCUCACUCGAGCCGUGGCCUUGACGUGGGACAUCAUCAUUCCCUCACAGUGUUAAUAAAGUGUGCAUUCGUGGUAUUUUACGCUUAUUUCUACACGGCACGUAACAACAACGUGACAAAACUGUAUUUAAAUUGUCGUUAAUGUGUUAAAAAGCCAUAGUGUUUUGAUUCCGUAAUAGAAGCCAUAUGAAGCUGUUGCACUUUCAAGCCAUCUUUACAUUUUAUUUUUAGACAGAUUGUGUCUUUAUAUUUCAUACAUUUCUGUACUUGUGCAUUUUUUGUAUGGUUAAAGUUUCACAUUUUUGGCUCUAAUUCCAAAUGGAUCAAUAAUGAUGUCAUGAUGUAUCUCAAAUAGUUUUAUCUUCUGCAAACUAGCUGAAGUUACCACAGGGUUGUUCACCAGAUGUUCUUGCGAGUUAAAUAAAUUUCUCAGAGGAAAUCCUUCUAAAUCUGAACAGGAAGUGAUCCGUUCUCUUUCUAUCAGCUCGGUUCGGUGUUCUGUUAACAUGUGGAUGAUUUGCUAGAACACUGCAGCGGAGCAGCUCGAGGAGAACGUUAGGAGUUUAUUAUAUUAUAAUGAAGUUACAAACAUAAAUCAGUUAAAUCGAGAACUUUUAAGAGCUCUUCGUUUGGUCCUUAAAGAAAAAAUCACAGAAUCCUUUAGAAUUGCGAUUUAUUCAGCACGAUAAAGUUACACUGAAAUCGUCGAUUGUUCCUCGCCGUGGUUCUGCUCCUGUAACCCAGAACCUGUUAGAUGUCCAGGAACUUUCCAACAUAACAGAACACAUUAUUAUGAUGUCAGAGCGAUGGACAUACGCCUGAGGUAAUGAGCUCGGGUUGAUCUCACUCGCUGUUCCGUAAGCUGGAACAUCAGGAGCUCGACGCUGAGCAAUUUAGGGAACCGACGUGAGUCCGGGACUUGGUGAAGGCACGUCACGUCACGUCACGUACACGCCGUCACACACACGGAAAUACUCCAGCCACUUCCAUACACUUCAUAAUCCUAGCUGCAGUUAUAAUCUACAUCUGCAGUUAUAAUCUACAUGGACUUUUAUUUCUGAUUGUAAUUUGUGUCCAAAUUUGUUUUAAGCACAACAUGAAUCCAUUCUGUGGGUGUGUUUAAAAUAAACCUUUAUCGUUAUUGUAAUUGUGGUGUUUAAUCAUAUAAAUGUACAGCAUCGGCGUUCAUAUGAACAUCUGCUCGAGUUUUACUUUCACUCUAAUAGAUUCCAUUUAAUCUAUUUUAAUUAUGUUUGUUUUCUUGCCCUUUUUUUGUUUUUAAUCAGUGGUCUAUAAAAUGUAAAGAAAGGUGACGAAAUAUUUCACACGAUUGUGCAGUUUUACAGUAUUGUUGCAGUACGUGUGCGCUGAUUUUUCAUGCUUUAGCGGCUUUGUGUUGUAAAAACCGUGUACAAGGUACAAGCGUCUGUGCGAGUACAAAUACUGACAGGAUGGCGGCAAAAAAGAACGAAUUUUAAAUGUGAAAACCAUAGAUGUGAAGUGACACCGUUUCAGACUGAUAUCUGAUACAGCAUUAGAUCGGAUCAUCCUGUCUGAUUAAACACUAAUCACGGUGCAUCGUGUGUCUGUAAUUAGAAGGUUUAUGUUUGCUGUUCAUCGCUGUACAGGAUUAAACACCUCGUGAGGUCAAUAAAUCUGUUCUUGUUCCUACUGCUGUGCCGUUUCUCGUUCAGCUGAGUGUGUGUGUGUGUGUGUGUGUAUACUCAAGGUGGCGCUAUUCGACUAACACGAUAGUGAUGGCAAUUUCAGCUCUUAGUGAUUCAGACACUUUUCUGUGCAUGUCUGUGUCUGGAAUUCUUUAAUGAUGCUAAUUAAUGAAAUAAUAACAUGUCUGUAUGACAAACGGCACGUCGCUCACGACCGGCGACGUCGUACUUCAUCCCUGCUCCGUUCUAACAGCAUGUUCUUCGUUAUUCUGUACGUUGCGACGGAAACUGCACCGUCAAUCAUUCUGGACACUGACUUGUCUCUUU